UCACUUAAAUGCCUUGGAGUGCUCAACAACAACAAAUUAAUAAAAAAGAUGAACAACAAAAAUCUAAUCAGUGUGUACAAGUGCCUGGCACCUCUUCUGGGCCUUAUGCUUCUCGAGAAUUACCCGAUUCAGUUUAUCGCCAAAUUCGGCAAGUAGAUCAACAACAAAGUACUUUAACCUCGAAAGGGGUAAUUGGAUUUUCUGCGAGAAUACUUGACAGGCAAAAGAAUCUUUUUAAAGAAAAAAACUCUUCUUCUUUUUUCAGAACAGAAUAUAAAUCUGGUGGUUAUUCAAAUGAUUUAAGGGUAGUCCAACUUGUUGAAAUUAUUAAAAAACCGGGCCAAUCACUUGGAUUAUAUUUAAGAGAAGGAAAUGGAAUAGAUCAAUUUACGGGUGUUUUUGUUUCUCGUUUUGGUGAAAAUUCUGAAUUAGAGAAAUGUGGAGAUAUUUGUAGGCCUGGUGAUCAAAUACUUGCAGUUAAUAAUGUGCCCGUUAAAGAAAUGGGAAUUGAUGAUGGUAAAUGAAUUAAUUUGUUGUGAAGUUUUUAAUUAUGAUUUAAAAAUAGGAUUCGAUCUCCGGGGAAUGGGGGGAGGUCUCCCCCUAGAGCCCCUCCCCGUGGCUCGAAUUCCC